UUUUCAGGGACGCUCUAAUGAGCUAAAAAAUUACUAUUUUGUUUGUAUUUUUCGGGAGUGAUUUUUCGUGCCAUUUUCAGGUGUGUGGGGCGUGUUAAUUAGUAUUUUAAGUGGCGCGAGCGUGUGCUGAGAGUCCUCAGAGAUGAAUGAGCCAAUUAAUUUGGCAAAGGUUGCUGGGAAGUAUGGGGCAAUCUAUGAGGCAUACUACAACAAAGCCAACCCCAAGGGAACACCCGGAAUUGGGGCCAUGGAAGCUGCGACCUUCCUCAAGAAAUCCACCCUCAGUGACGUUGUCCUGAGUCGAAUAUGGGACUUGUCGGAUCCCCAGGGGAGGGGCUUUCUCGAUAAGAAUGGCUUCUACACAGCCCUGAAGCUCGUUGCCCUUGCUCAGGAGGGUGAAACGAUUGCAAUGAAGAACAUUUACAUGGAAACACGGAAUCCUCCGAAAGUUGGUGACAUCCCCAAGAUCCCACCGCAGGUGCCUCCACCGGCAGCCUCAAUGCUCAAUCCUGGAUCCGUCGAGUGGGCCAUGAGUGCCGUGGAUGAGGCAAAAUACAAGAAAACCUUCAAUUCCCUUCAUCCGGAGAAUGGCCUUCUGCCGGGGAAUAAGGUCAAGGGUGUUCUCUUGGAGUCAAAACUCCCCAUGGAUACACUCGGCAAGAUCUGGGAUCUAGCGGAUCAGGACAAGGAUGGGAGUUUGGAUGUCUACGAAUUCAGUGUGGCGAUGCACCUUGUUUACCACGCUCUGCAGAAGCGUCACAUUCCAGCUGCACUUCCAAAGGCUCUCCAGAAGAAUGCCAUAAAGUCCACACCGGCUCCACCCACACCACCCGAGGAGCCGGAACUCUUUGCGGAAUUCCCCACGGAUCUUGCUCCACCACCGGCAGUGCCAGCGCAGAUCAUUCCACAGGUCCCCGUGGCUCUGUCAAAUCUCAAUUUGCUUUCGGAUGAGCCACCAAAGGUGCCGGAAGUGGAUUGGGUGAUUACGGUGGAGGAGAAGAGGAAUUUCGAUAUGAUUUUCAAGCGGAGCGACUUGGACAACGAUGAUUUGGUGUCUGGACUUGAGAUUAAGGAUAUUUUCCUGCAGUCGGGUGUGUCUCAGGCCUGUCUGGCCCACAUUUGGGCACUGUGUGAUACAAAGCAGACGGGUAAGCUGAAUUCGGAGCAAUUUGCCCUGGCUCUGUGGCUGGUGGAGCGGAAAAAGAAGGGUAUCGAUCCACCGAGUGUGCUCCCACCCAAUAUGGUGCCGCCGAGUAUGAGGGGGGCAGAAGCCGUGGAAGCCCCGGCGAUGGUGCCGUCAAAAACCCCGGAGCCGACUUACUCAAAUCCCGAACUGAAGAUGAUGGCGGAGGAGAUUGAGAAGAUUGUUACGGAACGGCGGGCCCUUGAGCGGGAGAUGUCUCAGCGGGCAGCGGAUAUUGUGAUUAAGACGGGUGAGAUAAGGAGUCUGCAGAAGGAGAUGGACACUUUAACGGCAACACUGAAGCAGCUGGAGCACCAGAAGGUGGAAGCUCAGAAGCGCCUCAAUGAUUUGCAGGAUCAAGUGAAGAAGAUUAAUGAGCAGUGCGUGAAGCAGGAGGAAACGAUUAAGGAGCAGGAAGCUGAGGUGAAUGCACGACGGUCACAGUUGCAGAGCCUCAAGGAUGAGGAGAUGAAUCUGUCGAAGGAGUAUGACCAAAAUACCAAAGAACUCGAGGGUUUAACCCUCCAACUCCAGGAUACUCAAUUGCAAAUCAGUCAGAUGAAGGCAAUGAUUACGCAGCUGCAGGAGAGUCAGCGACAGAUGCGAGAUGCCCUUGAUUCCUGCAAUUCUGCCAUUGAGUCUGGGGAUCCGGAUAUUGUGUCUGAUUACUAUCUCAAACUCAAUCCGGACUUCCGUGAGGUUAGGGAGCAAAUGGAGACAGAGAGUAAGCCCAAGGAGUCCCCGCCGGUUUCCACAUCAUACUCAUUUGAUAACAAAUUCGAAGAUGAUCCCUUCAAACCCAAGACGGAUGAUUCUUGGGGCGAUCAUCCAUCAGGAUUCGAUGAUAGCUUCGAUACACCCUUUAAUGGGCAAUCAAAGGGGCAUAGUGACGCCUUUGGGGAUGCCUUCGGCGGGACAGGAAACACAAAUUCAGCCCCAACGGCGGGAAGUGAGACGAAAGAUAAAUUCGACGAGGAUCCUUUUGCAAUUCUGCACGCACCCACGACGGGUGGGGCACCGAAUUUGCACACAAACAUUGCACCAAGCUCACAAAUGGCAUACAGAUCAACUUCACCCAUUCCAGCGCUGCCACCUAAGAAGUCAAAGCAGCCACCACCGAGACCAGCACCACCUAAAUCAAUUCAGACUAAAGUGAAACAAUUCGAGUCAGAAUCAAAUGAUUUCGCGAAUUUCGCUGACUUCAAUAAGCACGUCAACGAUUUUAGCGAUGAUCCAUUCAAAAAUUAUCGCUAUGAAGAUCCAUUCCAUAUUGCUGAUCCUUUUGGGGAGGAUGUGAAGUGAUUGAUGAGAGAAAUCAGUGUCAAAAAAAAAUCCCAUGUUAUUCAUUUCUUGUGCUGAAGAAGUAAAAUAUACACAAAACACAUACAAAAAUACAGCGGAAUGAUUCAAAGAUUCAUCUCUGUGCUCAAGAGGUCAUACAGGUCGCAAAUUUGCGAGAAAACGGUAAGAAUUUUCAAUAAUGCAAAAGUCAUUUUCAUUCACCUUAUUUUAUGGAAUAUUCAGCGUUUAUUUUUUUUCAAUUUUUACAGUAUAUAAUAUUCUUCAAUGUUCCAUCAUCUUUUUUUUUAAUAUAAACAAAUUCAAAAUGAACUUGAAUUUUUUUCACAUCUUUCUGGUACAGAUAUGUUUUCCGUAGCAGAGUUAUUUAUUAAACUCUUUUUUUUUUGUUUCUCUAAAUGUUACAAAUAUGUUUUUUAUUACAUUUUUCAUAUUACGCUUUUACUAAACUUACUAAAAAAAUGAAUUUAGUUACAAAUUGACAUAAUUUAAGGAUUCACAUAAUUUUUUCUUUUAAUUUAUCUUAUACAAUGGAGUUGUCCGGAUAUUAGGAAAAUGAACUUUUAUUUUCUCUUUAAAUAUUAUUUUUUAUAGUGAAAUAAAGAUUAUCUAUUGAAAUUCCUAUGUUAAAAGCUUCUUCCCUACUAUUUCCUAUUUUAUUUUUAUUUUUUAUAAUUAAUAAAUAUUUAUAUAAUAAUAUAAUUUUUACAAUGGAUAAAAGAAAUAUAAGCAAUAAACCGCUUGAAGAGCCAACUUAUACAAAUGUGAAUUUUAGCGGUAGUUGGAAAAUUAUUUAAAAGUGUAUCAUGAGAAAAACUUCAUAGCCGUGGCGUCAUAUGUGGAAAGCAUUCCAGAUUCUUUGGGGGUUGGAACAGGUUCAUUCUCAUUUCUCCAUUUUUUUUUGAUUAUUUUUUUUAAUAGUUAAUUUUCAGUUAAUAUGAGACUUUAUGAGUUGUUAAAAAACUAGUCCAAAAUGCAGGAUUUUAGAUUAUACAGAGAAUAAUUUUGAUUUAGCUAAAUUGGACGGGUUUUACACUUGAAACUACGUUUUGGGCUUUCCGUUCGAGGCUUUCGAUUUUGAAGAAGAAAAAUUAGAGAUAUCAUUAAAGUUAAUGUUAGCGUCUUAAUUUCCUAAUAUAUUCAUUAUAAAUUCAUAGAAUAUUGCUUUUAUUUAGUUAAGUUUAACAAAUUGAAUUAAUUUACAAAAGGUUUCAAGUCUUAGGGAGUUAUCACACUUGAGCUCUAAGCGCUUGAUGCUUAAGAUUUUACAUGUGACAAAACGAGAAAAAAUACCGUUGUUUUCUCUUUCGUACUCACAUAGAGGUUAUGAUGCUCAAGCACUUGGAGCUUAAGUGUGAUAGCCCCGUUAGAAUGGCUUAAAUCGUAAAGAUUCUUCUAAAGAAAAUGUUUUAAAGUGAUUUGAAAUAAAUUCAUUUUGCGAAGGUUUUUUUGAGCUUGUUUUCUUAAUAUUUAAGUAUUAAAUAUUCUGAAAUAUUUUUUUUAUCCAAUUUUAAAAUUUAAAAAAGGAUUUUGAAAAAUAAAGAGAUAGUUUUAAACUCUGAUAAAUUCAGUGAAAAUUUUCAGUUAAAAAAAUCUGAAAAGAAUAACAUUCUUGGAAGAGAUAUUUAAGAAUUAUUUAAAGAAAAACAAAUAUUUCUAAAUAGGUAAAGACUUUCAGGAGAAUUUACUUCGAAAGAUUGCUCCUGAAAUACAUAAAUCAAGCUUCUAAUUAAUGACUAAUUCUUAUAAUUUCAAAUUAAUCUCUUUGACCCUGGAAAGCUUAAAAGCUUUCACAAAAAUUAAUUUCUAGAAUUUCCUUAAAAUUUUUAAAAGUUCUAGCACAAAAUUCUCAAUUAAUUUUAAACGUAAAUCGAAAGCCAAAAACGAUUAAAGAUAGUUCUUUGGUUCAAUUUUAUCUUCCUUUUUCUUCAAUAACUGGCAGCGUGAAUUAUUAACUAAUAUAUUUAGUAAAAAAAAUGUGUGCAGCAAAAAGGAAAAGUAGAGAAUGAAUCUACUGGUUCCGGUUGUUUGUUUUUUGGAAAUUGCUUUACAAUAUGCGAGAAAAUUAUGUGUAAUAUAUUUUAUAUUUUUUUUUAUCAAAUGGUUAUUAAAAUGUUUAUUUUAAAAGAGAUAGAGAGAGAGAGAGUUACUUCGAAAAGUGCAAUCGCAGUAUUUUUUUUUACGCUUCUUUUUAAUGCAUUAGCGAUUGGAGGUUUUAAAGAAAAUGAAGAUGGGUUUUUUUUACAAAAGAAAUUAGGUAAUAAUGGGAUGAGCUUUGAAUGGGAAAAGCAAAAGCCUAAAUAAGAAAAUGAGAAAUGAGCUUUUAUAUAGAAGAAAGCUUUACUUUUAGUGUGUGGGGGUGUGUGUAUUAUAUAGAUGUGUAUACAGUGUGUUUUUAUGGGUGUAUUUCUGUCUGUGAGUACGGGGAAAACAAAUAUUUAAAAAAAACGAAACAAAAUAAAGGGAAAUAAAGUUUAAAAAAAGCUUUAACAAGUUUGAAUAGAAAAUUAAAUAUAAUAAAAUUAGAGUACUUACAGAAGAGAUACAUUUUAAUGUGGAAGAUGUAUAUUGUCUCGUCGUAAAAUAUAUAUAGUACAAUAUAUAUAGAGUACGGUAGUUUCGUAAAGAAAAGAAAGCUUCUUAGUCGUUCAUGCAGAUAUUUAGAUAUCUUUAAAAUAAAGUAAAUAUAAAAAAUUAAAAAUAAGAAAAAUUCAUAGUUUUAUAAAAUUAUUUAACAAAAAUUGAAAUUAGUUUAUCGUUUUUUUUGGUUUUCUUAUUGUAAAAUCAUUUUUAAACAUAACAAAAAGAAUAUAUACCUCUGUAUUUUAUGUAAAUUCAUGUAAGACUUAUUAUGUUUUUUUUCCUAGAGAAUUGUUUCCCAAAAAAAGUAUAUAGGAGAGUAUUUUUUUCCUUGAUUUGUUGUUUUUAAUGUUUCUUUUUGGAGUGUGUAAAAAUUGAAAAAAACU